AUGCUGAAAAGUACGACAAAGAUUGACAGAACAAAGCGAGAACAAAACAGGAUAUUACUGGAAAAAAAACUAUCCAAGGACUCCGUCACAUCCACGAAGUUCUGUGAUUCGUCCGAGGAGAGAGAAGGAGGGUCGAGCACCAGUAGUAAUGCCAGCUUGCAUCUGUCGGAAAAACCAAACAUUACAAGAACGUUAGAUGUGAAUAAUACAAGUUCGUUUUUAUCAGAUCAGAAGACGAAGUCCAAGGGGGGUUCUAUCAAGUCAGGUAGAAAGCAUUCGCAACACACGUUGAGCAAAGUGAACAUCCUGGAUAGAGGAAACGACGACAAAGUACACGGUAACACGUCAGUAGGGAAGUCUAGAAGGAGUAGCAUACCGUUAGAUGAGAGCAAAAUUUCCAGCAAGACCAACAGUGUCAUAGUUGAGGAUUCUAUAAACAACCAGGACUAUAGUACUGAAAAAAGAACGGAAAGAAGCAGCACAGAAUUUUUAAACAUCGAAGGAAAUAUCCCACAUAUAUUAAGUAGGGCUGAUAAUAUAGCAGGUGGUGAUUUUAACAGGUUUCCUCGUACGAUUUCGUUUAAGGACAAUUUGGUAAACGCGCAGGGUAAUUUGUACAGCACCGUUAGGGAAGAUUUCUCGUACCUUUAUGCACCCAGCAAGGUUGACCCGGGUAGAAGUCAUCUAGGUUAUUAUAACGCACCUGAAGUUUUUAAUUCUUACCCAAGUGGUAGUUUGACCUCCUCAGGGGGGGGUUAUAGCUUCAGUCCAUAUGGUGAAAGCCUUGUGGACGCAAGCACGAACGGCGAAUUGAACCAUUUUUCGACGAAUAUAUUGAACACGCAAGGUGGUAGUCACGUGGGGGCCGACGCGUACGCGAGUAGCAAUUUAGGCACAUUCCGAGGUGACACUUGGGGGACGCACCAAGGUAACAAUUGGCGAACGUACAACGGUAACAAUUGGGGAACGUACCAGGGUGACUACGUCGGGGCCUACCCCAGCACUAACGGGGGAUUGAAUCCAAAUAUCCUAAACUCGUAUGAACAGAAAAACGUAACCUUCAGCGAAGGUGUGAAGUCUACAUAUACCCUACCCUUUACACAUCCGAACAACAUUGAACAGCCCUUAGGGAAGUACGAGGAGGUAUACAAAGCAGCGGCAAAUGAAAGGUUCCCCCCUUCCAAAGUAGCAAAUGAAAUGGACUUUACAAAUAUGUACACUAGUCAUACACCUAUAGGCAGUAACGACAGCAGUAGAGUAGGCACCUUGGGGGAUUAUGAGAAUAGGGGGGAUACCCAUUUGUCUGACAAGACUUCCUAUUAUGUGAAUAAUGCUAGUGAAAGUGCGUCCCUUGUAGGAGGGGUUCAUUUGGGACCUCUGUUGAGUAGGAGGAACGUGUACGACACGUUUGGUGGUGAGUCCGCCAGUGGGAAUGGCGCCUCAGCAUUGGCAUCACCAUUGACAUCACCAUUGGUAGGUGAGCCAGCACCUGCAUCCGUAUCUGCGACUGGAAGCAGCACGACGGGUGGUUUGCCAAAUGGAGACGACGUGUUGAAGUUCAAAACGGCAGAAUUUCCAAACUAUGGGGAGUACAGUUUUAAGGGUAGCACCGCAGAGGAGAAUGGUGUCCUUGCUAGCUUGGACAAUGUAGUGAAGGCAAACGAGGUGAUCGAAAGUGAGAAAGUAAAGAAUGAGGUGUCCAUGUGUGAGGAGGUCACAUCGCACACAGACUAUUCACGCGCAACACACACCUCUCACGUUGUGGACAAGCGAAUUGUACAUGAAGGAUUUGAUACGAUUAAGAUACCGAAAUAUAGGGAAGUAGAGAUAGUAGAAAAAAUUGUGGAAGUUCCCGUGGUGCAUAAGGUUAAUAAGUACAUAAAUAAAUAUGAGGUUAAAGAAGUGCAAAAGGUCGUUAAGAAGCCUAUCAAUAAGUACGUAGAAACCAAAAUAGAGGUGCCUGAGUUCCAUUUCCAGGACAAAAUUGUAGAAGUGCCAGAACUGCAAGAAGUGGUAAAGAUUGUAGAGAAGCCAGAAAUAAAGGAGCGGAUAAUUUAUAAGAAUAAGAUUGAGACGAAAAUUAUCCCCAAGUAUAUUGAAGUGCCUGUCGUAAAAAUAGUGAACAAAUACGAAAGCUAUGACGAUAUAGGGGAGGUAAUAAAAACUGUGCCGGUGAAGAAAAUUGUAGAAAUUCCACAUGAGGUGAUCAGAAAGGUUAAGGUACCCGUUCGGAAAAUUAUAGAACAGCCCAAUUAUGUGCCCAUUAUAAAGUACCGUGAUGUUCCUAUCGAGAAGAUACGUUACGUGCCUAAAAUUGAGACGGUGGAACUUGUUAAGACGAUCCCCAAGGUGAUUGACAUUCCUGUCCCUGUGAGGGUUCCAAAGAUAAAGGUGAUAGACAAGCCGUUCUAUAUAAACAAGUACGUGGACCACCCGGUAGUUGUGCCGGUGUCUAGGAGGGUGAAGCCUGUUUACAAAUAUGGGGGCAAGAAGGUGAUCGAAAUACCCAUUCAUAAGCCUUACAUAGUUACGCACGACACGGUGGUGCGUAAGGAUGUGCAGAAUGGGAUGACCAACGGUAGGUGUUCCGUGUAUGCCAGGAAGCUGGACCUGAAUGCAUUCGACCCGGCCAAGCGGAAUGAGCUCUUCAACUUGGUGAACGGGGGCAACUUCAACUUGGAGCGGUCCGUCAGCGUGGACAACAUAGGGGGUAGCAUAGGCUGUGGCAAUAUCGGAGGUAGAAUCGCCUGUGGUGGGGGUGCUGGCCGUCCUGGCGGGUUGCACUUUACGAAAAGCCUGAACAGUGGUGCGAACGCUAACGUGAAUGUGCCCAACAUGAACGCGCCGUAUGGGGUCGACUUUUACUCAAACGGUGUGGGCCUCCCAAAUGGGGCGAAUGGGUUGAACGGAUUGAACGCUCCGUUUGUCGGCACGGGGGGUUUACCCAGUACGUCUAACCAGCAGGGGGUGCAGCACCCAAAUUUCACAGCGCCCAUUUCGAUGUACAACGCGAAUUGCGACACGGGGAGAAAGGAUGGAAGAGGCAGUAACGACCUACCAGGGGGUCUUGCACACAGCUCGAACUUCCAUCGCGGUUUAGCCAGUAGCAACCCGGUGUACGAAAGGAGGGGGGUUGCAAACGGGCAAGGAGGUGAGGUAGCAACUAAUGUGGGAAGCAAUUUUUGGGGUGGCGAAAGUCUAAGGAGAUACCAAUCCAAUGCUCGUGCGAAUGUGCCUCAGUAUGUUAGUGGGGGUAGUGACAGACGUAUGCGUCCUAUGGGCAGCACGAACCACUCCAACACGAUCAACCACUCCAACACGAUCAACCACUCCAACACGAUCAACCACUCCAACACGAUCAACCACUCCAACACGAUCAACCACUCCAACACGAUCAACCAUUCCAACACAAUCAACCAUUCCAAUUCCUUGAACCACGCCAACACAGUCAGUCACGCCAACACAGUCAGUCACGCCAAUACUGGUAGCCACACCAACAAGAUGAACCACUCAAACACCAUGAGCAACAUGAGCAACAUGAACACGAUGAGCAGCAUGAACAACGGCACGAGUGCACUCCGGUCGAGGAGUCCCAGUGCGUGUUCAGCCGAUGGGAUCAGCGCGUACGUGGUAGAGUAUGUGGGCGACGAGGACAAGAGGUUCAGGGAAGGAGGCUUUUCCAAUGGGUUCAGUAACCAGUUGGCAGACGAGAUGGGAAGUAAUUAUUCGUUCAGCGGGACGGUCAUGAAUUCGAAGAAUGAAUCAUCUUAG